AUGUCUCAUGUUCCAUUAUUUGUUGGCCUUUUUGGUGAAAGGAAAUUGCAUGCUUUUGAUGAAAAUGAAGUUUGUUGCAGCGUUCACAAGACUGCACCACCAGUCUUUACCAGAGUGGUAAAGAGAGACGAACGGUGCUGCGAAGGACUUGCAGAGAGACCGAUUUUGAAAAUAGUUUGUAGCAUCAGAAAUAAUCAGCGUCACACGGGUAAAUGGUGGGGUUCCCGUGAAAAACAACCUAUAUUGGCAUUACACGGUUGGCAAGAUAAUGCUGGCUCAUUUGACACAUUGGCACCCCUGUUGUCUUUGUAUGCCCCAGUAUUAUGUAUUGAUCUUCCUGGGCAUGGAUUCUCAUCCCAUUGUCCAAGAGGACAGUUUUAUUACUUGUGGUGGGAUGGACUGAUUCUGGUUCGGCGAAUAGUGAAACAUUACCAGUGGGACAAGAUUACGAUUCUUGGUCAUUCUCUGGGUGGAACGAUAGGUUUCAUGUAUGCGGCUACAUUCCCACAAGAUGUUGAAAAAUUUAUAUGUAUUGACAUCGCUGGUCCAUCUGUGAGGCCUCUUCAGUAUUUUGCACAGCAAACAGGUCGUGCUGUGGAUCAGUUUCUGGCUUAUGAAAACAUGUCUGAAGAGACUGUACCCGCCUACACGCAUGAUGAAAUGUUGAAACUGAUGCUGCAGGCUUACAAAGGUUCUCUUACUGAUGAAUCGUGUGAAAUAAUGCUAAAACGUGGUGCAUUGCCUGUAGUAGCAUCUGACAGCAUUGAUGUGACGGAUGAUAGAUUCCGUUUUUCCCGGGAUUCUCGUCUUAAGAUUGGAUUCCUUGGUUUCCUGUCACUGGACAUGACUUUGGAGUAUGCAUCAAAGAUAACAUGUGAGGUCUUAAACAUCAGAGGUAAAGCAGGAAUGCAGUUUGAUCCUCCGGAAAAUUAUCACAUUAUACUUGACAGGAUCAGACAAUCGGCCAAGAAGCUAGAGUUGCAUGAAGUUGAGGGAACACAUUUUCUGCACUUAAACAAUCCAGAGAGUGUAUGCCCAAUCAUUGUUGCGUUCCUAAAAUCAUAAUAUUUAUAACACACCAUGAAUUUGCUCAUUGUAGGCAAGCUUAUGACACUGAUGCACCAGAGUGGAUACUUAAUCAUAGAACAGAUUAAAACUGUUCAAUGUGCUUUAUAUAACAUGUUUUAUGGUCAGCAGUGCAGUGAUUAUAUUUUAUCUGGUUGUGACUUAAUUCUGUUCAUGGUGGUUAAAGGUGACUGUAGCUUAGGGUUUCUGUUUUUACAAAUUCAGUAUUUUUUACCAUCAUCAUUAAAAUCAUGUGGAUUAAUGGCAAUAUAAGCGCCUUUUAUCUGGAGUUCGUUGGCAACACAAGAUGAACCUCCAGUGAUUUGUUUGAAAUAGCUUAUCAAAAUUAAAGAGACAUAUUGUGACCGUUCUACAUGAACAUCAGAAGUAUUCAUGGUAGGAUUUAGCUACCGAUCUUAAACAUGCUGAAUGUAGAGCAAAAGAAAGAUCCAUAGUUUUUUCAUGACUGCUUAGAUUUUGCCAAGGAUGUUGAGGUCGAAGAAAGAGUGAAGUAAGAAACCGGUAGGACUCUGCUCGGUAGCGUGCUGCCUGCUGAUUUCUUGCUUGGCUUGUUCUUCAACCCAGAAGAUGUAGGUGGCGUGUUCCUUUAAAUGUUGGUUGACUAUGAAUGGACUAUGUGCCGUACUAUCCCAGAACACAGAACUCUCCAUAACCACCACUGUAAAAA